AUGGGAGGGAAUGGUGUCUGCAGGAAGUAUGACAUGGCUGAGCAGCCCAACGCGGAGCCCGGCAAGCAGCUCUCGCUCGCCUCCCGCAACCGAUUUCAAUUACUGUCUCUGGCAGUGGGCGGAGGGAAGGGGAGACGGGAGCUGGGCUUCAACGGGCUGGCGAGGAAGAGCGGGGAGAGCGCUGAGGUGGAGCCGACGGCGCUGCCCACGCCGGCGGAGCGGGAGGCAGAGGCUCGCUUUGUGAGCACGGCGCCCACGCUCAAGAUCCUCAACCACCACCCUCUGCUGGAGGACCUGCUGCACGAAGCCUUCCUGAAGAAGGACUACCUGGCCCAGGCGCCAUUCCUGCCUGCUGCUGCCGGCCCCCUCCUCCCUGCCGGUGCCCUCCAGCCGGCCCCCGGCCCCCCAGAGCCCGAGCCCUCACCCCGCACCCCCGCCCCGGCCCGGCCCGCCUUCCCCACUGACCCGCUGACCACGCCAGCGGGGCGCCCCGGGCCAUGGGGGGAGGCGUGGGGGGCUGUGCCAGGUGCAGACCCCUCGUGGUCCCCCUCUGGGGUGCCGGAGUCAAGCACUGCAUCCCCCAGCCAGGCACCCACCGCGGCCAGCACAGCCCUGGCACCGCAUGCCGGGGCCACUGUGGUGCCUGGGGAUGAGGAGGGCACCACCACCACCUCCACCAUCACCACCACCACCGUCACCACACUGCAGGGGCCAGCUCCCUGCAACCGGACGCUGGCAGGUCCCGAGGGCUGGCUGGUGUCCCCAGAGCCAACUGGUGUCCCCUAUGAUGGCAGCCUGGACUGCACCUACACCAUCUCUGUCUACCCUGGCUAUGGCGUGGAGCUCAAGGUAGAGAACAUCAGCCUGGCAGAAGGGGAGACGCUGACAGUGGAGAGCACGGGAGGCCUGGAGCCCAACGUCCUGGCCAACGAGUCCUUCCUGCUGCGGGGCCAGGUGAUCCGCAGCCCAGCCAACCUCCUCACCCUCCGCUUCCAGAGCCCCCGGCCCCCCAGCCCGGGCUCCUACCACUUUUACUACCAAGCCUACCUGCUGAGCUGCCCCUUCCCGGCACGGCCGGCUUUCGGGGAGGUCUCUGUCAGCAGCCUGCAUCCUGGUGGGGACGCCCAUUUCCGCUGCUCCACGGGAUACCAGCUGCAGGGUGCCCGCCGGCUCGUCUGCCGCAACGCCACCCGCCCCUUCUGGAGCGCCCGCGAGCCCCUCUGCCUCGCGGCGUGUGGCGGGGUGGUCCGGAACGCCACGGUGGGACGCAUCGUCUCGCCCGGCUUUCCCGGGAACUACAGCAACAACCUGACGUGCCACUGGCUGCUGGAAGCGCCGGAUGGCCACCGCCUGCACCUCCACUUCGAGAAGGUGUCACUGGCAGAGGAUGAUGACAGGCUCAUCAUCCGCAACGGCAACAACGUGGAGGCACCGCCAGUGUACGACUCCUAUGAGGUGGAGUACCUGCCCAUCGAGGGGCUGCUCAGCACCGGGCGCCACUUCUUCGUGGAGCUCACCACUGACAGCAGCGGGGCCGCCGCGGGCAUGGCGCUGCGCUACGAGGCCUUUGAGCAGGGGUAUUGCUACGAGCCCUUUGUCAAGUAUGGGAACUUCACGGCCAGUGAUCCCCGGUACCGCGUGGGCACCACGGUGGAGUUCAGCUGCGACCCUGGCUACACGCUGGAGCAGGGCUCCACCAUCAUCGAGUGUGUCGACCCCAGUGACCCGCAGUGGAAUGAGACAGAGCCAGCGUGCCGUGCGGUGUGUAGCGGGGAGCUGACGGACACAGCGGGAGUGGUGCUGUCACCCAACUGGCCAGAGGCGUACGGCAAGGGCCAGGACUGCAUCUGGGGGCUGCACGUGGAGGAGGACAAGCGCAUCAUGCUGGACGUCCGCGUGCUGCGGCUGGGCUCCGGGGACAUGCUGACCUUCUAUGACGGGGAUGACCUGACGGCGCGCAUCCUGGGCCAGUACACGGGCGCCCGUGGCCGCUUCAAGCUCUACGCAUCCACUGCCGAUGUCACCGUCCAGUUCCAGUCUGACCCUGGUGCCGGCGCCUUUGCCUAUCGGCAGGGCUUUGUCAUCCACUUCUCUGAGGUGCCCCGCAAUGACACCUGCCCUGAGCUGCCAGAGAUCGCCAAUGGCUGGAAGACGUCCUCACAGCCAGAGCUUCUCCAUGGCACCGUGGUCACCUUCCAUUGCUACCCCGGCUUCCAGCUGACCGGCACUGACCUCCUGAUGUGUCAUUGGGACCUGACGUGGAGCGGUGACCUGCCCUCCUGCGAGCGGGUGACAACCUGCCGGGACCCUGGGGAUGCUGAGCACAGCCGCAGGGUGGUCUCCAACCCUAAAUUCCCGGUGGGAGCCACCGUGCAAUACGUCUGUGACAAGGGCUAUGUCCUGGCGGGUGCUGGGACUCUCACCUGCCAUGACCGCGCUGCCGGGGGACCCAAGUGGAGUGACCGCCUCCCCAAAUGCAUCCCGGAGACGUACGAGCCCUGCCACAACCCCGGCGUGCCGGCGGGCGGGCGGCAGAGCCCGGAGCGGCGGCUGUACCCGGCAGGAGCCACCCUGCACUUCUCCUGCACCGCCGGCCGGGCGCUGCUGGGCGAGAGCAGCCUGCGCUGCCUGCCCGGGCACCCCUCUCGCUGGAGUGGCUCCCCUCCCAUCUGCAAGGCGGCCUCCUACGAUGAGUUUUACAGCAACCGUAACCUGGACGCUGUGGCCAAGGCCGUGCCCUCGGGGACAACGCUGGAGGGCACCAACGUUGCCAUCGCUGUCUUCCUGCCCGUGCUGGUGGUGGCCCUGCUCAUCGGGGGCAUUUAUCUCUACUUCUCCAAGCUCCAGGGGAAGCCAGCCCUGCAGCUGCCCCUUGCUGGCUCCCACCCCUAUGACCAUAUCACCGUGGAGUCGGCUUUUGACAAUCCCACUUACGAGACAGGAUCUGUUUUCUUUGCAGGACACGAGGGAAUAUGAGGUGUCCAUCUAGGUAUGGGCAGCGUGGAGCUGGGCACUGCAGCCACCCCUCCCGGGCCCCCCCGUGCCCACCGCCCUCCCGGGCCCCCCCGUGCCCGCCGGCCCCCGGCACGGGCUGGGAACACCUCUCCCAAGGAGACUCAAGCCGAGCGCUUGGCAGGACCCACCUGGGCACCGGCCACCCCCCUGCCACCCCCAAUCCACCCGGACCCCCGUGGGGUCUGCCCCAGCCCCACUGUCACCCAGCCCCCCGCACGGGGCUCAUGAGAGCCUGAGGG